UUGAGCUGGGCCAAGUGAACUGGCAGCCGGGGAAAAUGUUCCAGAUGCAAGUGCGCAUGUCGGUGGCCAAACACGAUCUAUUCACAGCUGGCUGCUGCUACUACUUCGGCGCUUCUGUCCGCUUCAACGAGGGGGAAGAAUUAUGGGUCUCACAAGUCGGCGUGCCUCUCAAGUUCCUCCCAUUGAACGAGGACGAGUUCCUGUUUGAGAUCAGCGACAUUCCCCUGGCCUUCCCCAGAGUGAAUGGGGGCAGUGGGAGCCAGCAGCUGACCAUCGUAUUCCCCUACUCCUCCAUCUCCCUAUUCAGAGUGCAUGCCAGAGUGAAGCCCCUCUGGCAGGACAAACUCUGCAUGUGCAACAUCGGCGUGCUGUUCAUGGACACGUCAUUCUUGGGUUGCUAUGGAACUGAAUUCCCCCAACACGAGAUCACAUUUCAGCCACCCUACAACGAUACUGUAUGCAAACACACUGUCACUAUCGACUUCGGACCCCUCACCAAAGUCGGCGCCGCAGGUCCUCUGGACGAGAUCCACUUCGUGGUGACCUUCAUGACCCGCAACAGUGACUUCGGGGCCAGCAUGUCCGAGUUCAUAGAGUACACUGUCGACUCCGAGGGGGACAGACCCACAGUCGUCAAGGACUCCUCAACCACUCGGCUCACUGGCUGGGAUGGAGGCAUACACGAGUUCCGCUCUGUGAAUGUGAGCUUUGACUACGUGGGUCCCCAGUGGGGUCUCAGUUUCGCCGCCAGUGCCCUCUUCAUCCCCUACGCAGAGGCGACGAGUGAGAACGGCUUCCACGUGACUGCUCAACUCACCUUCCCCUCUGACGCCCUCGUAGAUGUCAGACCCGCUAUUUUGCUGGAGGAAGUUGGAUCUUCCUGUGUACCACUGCAGUCUAGCUUCAACAUGGAGGCUGAUGACGUCACAAUGGGUGCCACUACAACAGCCACUGCAGAAUGGGUUCCCAUCAGUGUCACCAGUGCCAAUAAAGCCAACUUCAAGGUGUCCAUUCUGGCUACCUUUUCCCGUGAACUGGCGGAGGAUGAGUUCUUCUUUGUGGUGUAUGUGAAUGGGGAGACAUGCGACACCUGUUACAGCAACGUCACCCUCACCAGCGAACAACCAGCCAAAUUCCGGUUGCUGGAGGACCCAGUGCCUCAAGUAGAGAUGACAGACCCCUUCAUCGUCCCCGGAUACCCGGCGGAUGAGUCAGUGGUCUACCUGAACGGGUGGGGAGUGCUCAGGUUCAGGAUUCAGUUCCCACCUGGCAACGCCAUUCUGUACGAAAACACGAAGGUGACCUUUGAAUUUGACCCCUCGGGUGCGGGAAACUCCUCUUUGUCUCCCUCUGCCCUGGAACUAGUCAGAGUGUCCCUUAGUCACGUGGGGGACAACAUGCCCUCCCUGCAACACUGGAGGAACGACAAGGAACCUUCAUAUGACCAUGCCACGGUGGAGUACUUCGUUUGGGUCCAACACAGGGCCCAACUGGACCUGGGCUCCAUCUCUUUCCUGCCCCUGAAUGUGGAGGACACACGAGACAGUCUGGUCAUAGUCUCGCUCGACUUCAAACUCAACCAGGCCGCAUUCGUAGACGCCUCAUGGCAACAGGUGAUUUAUGCUUCACUGAGCUUCAAUGAUCAGCUGGUGUUGGGAGGUGCGAUGAAGGUGCUGGUGAUCUCAGAUCCAGACACCUCGGAACUAAUCGAACUGGACCACCUGCCGCAGGACUUGAUUCUGGAGGUGUUCGACGGAGUGACAGAUGCGGUGGGUGCAGUGCCUGGCGAGGAUCCCGACAACACAAACCCCGAGUUCUACCUCAUCCUGCCCAGCCAAGUGAUGAUUCUGGAGACCAAGUACUUCGUCAGAUCCCUCUACGCAUUCAACGAAUACUAUCUGAAGUAUGAGGUCAGCCAGACGGCGAACGCUGGAGCAGCGUACAUCUGUCGGACGGACUUGGAGGCAGGCAGGAAUGUCGUCUAUGACGUCAUAGAACAACUCGAUGGCUCCACCACUCUCAAGAUAUCGAACAAGGACUCCUACAUAAACGAGACCAUAGAAGACUACCAGAUCCACCUCUACCACAUCAUCCAGGCACCACCCCAGGCCAGUGCAGUGCUGCAGGCGCAGCUGGAAAUAACUGUCUCUUUUUUGCCCCGGAUGACGGAGGAUGGACCCUACAUGCUAGUGGGCAGUGCAGUCGAGCACAGGAAGAUCAUUGUGGCUAAUAACUUGCAGUUGGGUUGGCUGUCGUUCUACAGCCGACUCACGUUCCUAAUUGAAGACAGCCUCGUGAAUGAGACUUUACAGGCCAGACUAGGGGGGAGUGUCCUGCUGCCCCUUCGGAUCUACCUCCCCCCGAAGUCCCUCGGAACAUACGCCGUACAAGUCACAACGUCGAGGGGUGUGAGGAUCCACUCGAUAUUCAUGAUUGGGGUGGGGGCCAUGAUUAGUCCGGGGUGUUAUAAUCGGUCAGAGACAGUUCUCGGGGAUGAAGAAUUAUCUUACGACAACGACGGAGUGCAUGAGUUUUCAACUCGCUCUUUAUCUCUGGGAUACCUGAACAACAUCAUACCCACGAGAGCUGAAACUCCUGAUGAAGUGAAACACGACCACAAUAUGGUCACUGUCCAAAUUGAAUUGGCAGUCCUCGAAUUAACUCUAGAGCCAGACGAGCAAUUCGAAGUCUUGGCCGACCUAGUGGACGAUGGAAACGCGGACAAGAUAUACGGUUCAUGGAGCCGAGAGGUCGCUUUGCAGACUAACUUUACUGAGGAGGAUUUGUUUGAACCCGGAGUAAUCAAUACUAGAUUCGGGAGGAACAUAAGUGUUGACGAACUGAAUGAUGCUUAUGCAGGGGAUGAUCACUACUUCUUUGUCACAAUUGACUUUUUGCGCGACUACAACUACGACACCCGCUUCACAGUCGAGAGUGAACUGGUGUCUUCGGGUGGGGCUAAAUUCGUAGUCAGGGGCAUCGAGAUCGUCUCGUGGGGGUCCAAUCUGGAGGCCAGCAUGCAGUAUGACCCCGAAGUGAGUGAGGUGUUUGUGACAAAUGACAUGAGUGAGAAUAAUGAACAGGAAAACAGGAUGACACUCCACUUGGGCCGAAUCACUAAACUGGAUAAAGCGGAGCGGUUGGGUUCGAAGAGUGACUCCAACUGGGAGAACCAACUGACUCUCAGAGUGGCCCUAAUGGCCCAGGACGAGGCACUGGUGGGCCAUACUGACACUGUGGACGUGCACUGGGCCAUAACAGCAGAGGUCAUAACUCUAUCUUCCGGAGUGUACCAGUAUCAGGCAAUGUACGAUCAAGACCGCCUUCCGAUUCUGUCUUCAAACGUGACAGUGCUGAACACUCUGCCGAGAGAGUACGAACAAGGCGACUCUGUCUGGUACGUCUUCUCCAUCUGGGCCGAGUGCCACGCCACUGCCGAGGCCAAAAAUGUCCAAAUAAGGCAAUUUCUACCCGACUUCUUCGAGUUCGAGCAGUAUCACGCCACUUUGUAUAUUGGACAGCGGCCAGUGUUGGAUACGUCGGAUAAACAUGUCAUGGAAUUCACGAUUGAGCGACUGAAGUUGACGGACUACGUGGAGUGGCGUAUGUUGCUAACUGUGGUGGUGGGCCACUCCUUCUUCCAGGACAUCCGACUCUACUACCACUCCACCCCCCUAGACACCAUAUUCUUCAGGGAGGAGAGAGACACAGACACUCUUAACCCAAUCACAGCUGGGAAACCGUACGGGUAUAAGAUGGAGACAAUCCGGUUCCAGUCAAUUGUACUGGAGUCUGUGUGCAGUGGGAACCUGAUUGACCUGUCGGAUGAGACGAAGUUCCACGAGUGCCAAUUCCGAGCCAGCUCCACCCUCCACCCCGUCACCUACUCCCGCAUGAAGGCCACUCCCGCCACCGAGACACUCAGCUGGAAGAGCAACACGUGGUAUGGCCAGUGGCAGGGCAGCCAGAGUGUGACAGUGGCCAUGCUGGACAAGUGGAAGCUAGCCAGACUGGUCUUCAACGAGGAGACAUCUGUCUCUGCUCUCACCCUCUUCUACAGCAGCGACCCGGAGGGGGUGUUCUGGACUCAGUACAGGGAGAGGGACAAGCCAUACACGCACAUGGUCAACGAGAGCCAUCCCCUUGGUAAAUUCGGCAAACACAAACUGCGCUACUUCGACAUAGCCUACCCGAUCAAGAGCACGUGGCUGAGACUGCAGUUCAACGAACUCGACCGAGACACCCUGGACGGGAGGGCGAACAUCGCCGCCUUCAGAUUCGACAUCUACGGCUGUCUGGAGAAGGAACACGACGCUAACUCUGGCAUAGAACGAGCAUGCCCUCAGAAGGUGGUGGUGCCUGAGGCCUAUGACAGGGGAUUCUUGGUGGAUCACGAGAGGAGGGUACUCUACGUGUGCGAAAAAGACCUGCACGGGAGUUCAAACAAGUGUAUGCGGAUGAUGAUGGAUGAAGUUUCAGGUCACUUUGUGUGGUCACGUCUUCCAGACAUAAUCCACAGUGUUAUUGGCUACCUGUUCGACCCCCACUUCCGGGUGUUCGCAGUGGGUCAAAGCAUGAUGGCAUACCUGUCAAGUGACGACGCCGGAAUCACCUGGAGAUCUGCGCAGACACAGGACUGGUGGGAAGCACGGCGUGAAUCGAGCAAGUUCUUUGCGCCGGCAGUCGUGAUUCCAGACGACUUCCCCAGUGUAGACCCGAGAGAUGUCGGAUCCGAACUCACUCUCUCCUGGUCGGACAUAGACUUCAGGGCCAACCAAGACGGCAUUUGGAUGUUGUGGCACGGGUCUGACCCCGACGACCUUGCUUCAUAUCGGAUGGUCUACUCCUGGUCAAGGUGUUGUGCCGGCUAAAUGACACACGGAAUUCGAAUUGAUUCCUAAAUACUUUCAUCUGCAAAUCAUUCUGAACAAAGUUGAAAAAAACUGACGUGUGUUUUUAGUGCUGAAUCAUAUCACAAUAGUUUAAACAAAUAUUAUUUGAAGUGAUAAAUUAUUGAUGUUAUUUCAUGUUCAAUAAAUAGAUCUUGUAAUU